AUGAGUGUGCGUCACCUUGGCGGGGUGUUGCACCGGCUUGUGUUGGAAUCACUUGAAGAGCGCCUCGAAGCAAUGCAGAAACGCCUGCAGGGAUGGGGCGUGACAGCGACGGUUUGUGGCGCCGAUGUAUCUUCGAGUGGUUUGCAGGCAUGCCGGAAAGUUGGGGCAAGGAGGGGAAUAAAUGGGGCAUCCGAGCACGUUUUCAUUCCCCAAAAAGUAAACCGAUCAUUUAGUUCCAUGGAAGACAGUGGUGGGUCAGGGGAACAGGUGCUGCGCCGUCACCUGUGUUUGUUGGAGCAUCUGAGCACCUUGAUUGUGGCCCAAAUGGAAAAAUGCCGUGGUGCCGGGGAGGAGAACCGUCUUGGCGUACUCGAAGAAGAGUUGCAAGAGGCAAUGGAGUUGAAGUUCAUUGUUUUUGAGGGCCUCAAGAGACGCUUGUCUGAAGAGGGCCGGGCACCGAGUGAAGUUGACACACUCUCCUCGGAGGGCACGCCAGAGGUUUCAACGUCAAUCCCUAUUUUUCAUACAAUGCCGUCAUUGUCAACUGCCAACGACAGGGUUAAUGGUAGAGUACAUUCGCGUGAAGCUAGAGCUCUGAGUGGAGAGGGUUUCCGUUGUGUGGCUUCACUGGGGGAAACGGAUUCCCGAUUUAUGCACCUCUUCAUGGAAGCAGAGACGGAGGGAAACUUGAGCUCCACUGGGAUUAUCACCAUGAAUAAGAGGCGUUCUUCUUGCUAUUCUUUACCAAGGGACCCACAAACAGGGCUGGACCUCUUCCAUGUCUACGGUGUCUCUGUGGCACCGACACCUCCAAAAGUCAACCACCCUUGCACAGCUCAAACCCCUCAAAGGAGGCGCCCCCCUGGCAAUGACUACGGACAUCCAAGUGGCUACUGCGGAGACUCUGGGUCAAGAGAAACGAACAGUUUUGAUCUGUCCAAGAAGUCGGUUGAGUUGUUAGAUGCAUCAGGGUUUGGUGUUUCCGUUGUGGUGCGGCGCAUGGUGCGUCCUUCAAGGAAACCGAAACACUCUGACACCUAUGCUCCACCUGACUCAAUAAAUAGGGUUUACAUGAAGUAUCGGCCAGCGUUGAAGGUGCCAAGGGAUGCACGACCCAGCAAGCCGCAAGACAUGACCGCCGGAUUUCGUGAGGCAACUGAAGCUGCUGUAGAAGCCGUUGAUGCGGUGAUGGCGGCGGUGGCGGCGUCAUGCUCCUCAGCACCACGGACUCCAUGUGGUUCUCAUGCGCCUCGCACCCCCGCGGAGAAGAAGCCAGCGAGUUGCUGGGGUACCGGUAGUCGUUUCGUACGUCAAGGCGGCGAAGGUUGUAAAAAGACGUAUAGAAAACAUCCUGAACGUAAUACUCAAAAUUGCCUUACCUUUCAUCAUAACGCGGAGUUCAUACAGGCUUGCCGUGAGCAAGGAAACCGACAUAUGCAGAAUAAAGAGUACGAAGACGCGGUAAAGGCGUACAGUGAGGCAAUUGAGCGUGAUCCUGAAAACGACAUUAUUCUUUGUAAUAGGGCGGCAGCUUAUUUCCUUCUUAAUCAGUACGCUCUUACGCUUCUGGACUGCGAGGCUGUGUUAAGUCGCUCCCCCUCCAACUUCAAGGCUCAUUGGCGGGCAGCGAAGGCGCAUAUUUACACAAAUAAUGUUCAGGGUGCAAUGCGCCACUAUCGUAUUGCGCGUGAGAUGUGUAUAAAUCCAGUAGAAGAGCGUGCAAUCGCUGAGGAAAUAAAAGCUGCGCGUGCUUAUGAGAUGUACUAUGUCUACAUGAAGGAGUGCCGUUGGAUUGACAGUGUAUGUUGUGCCGAUCAACUGCUGCGCGUAUUUGGCUCUACAGGAGUAGCUGGCCUGCCGUGGCAAUGUCACAGGUUAGAGGCCUUCCUGAAUGUGGACUCCUGGCGUGCGUUGGAGGAAGUUAAACGGCUUCGCAAAGUAUAUGCUGAAUACGCGGAACUUCUUUUUAUUCAUGCAAAAUGUUUGUUUUACUGUGCGCAUGAUCCAACCUCGACCGGGGAGGUGUUGGGACUUAUUCGAGCUGCUUGUCAACGGAAAGAAAGUGAAGGUGGAUCCAAAGACAGCCGUUAUAUUCAUCUUGAACGUACUGUGGCUGCUUUUGAGCGCCAUCGUGAUCGGGGAAAUACAGCAUACGAAAAUGGUGACUGGGAAGAAGCCUACUCAGCGUACACACGAUGUCUCUCACUUGAUCCACUCAACAAGUCACUAGUCGCUGUCACUUAUUGCAAUCGUGCCGCCACCUCUAUACAGUGUGGUAGGUGGAACGAUGGCUUAAAUGAUGUGCAUCGUUCAAUUGAGAUCAAUGGGAACAAUGCCAAGGCGUACGCGCGUCGAGCUCGCAUUUACCUUCAUUUUAUGGAGGAAAAGGUUGGGAUGGGGGUAGUGUACCUUCAGUGUGCAAUUAACGAUCUUAAGAGGGCUGUAGAGCUUGCGCCAACGGAGGAAAACCGGCAACAACUUGCCAAGGCAGUUAAAAUGCAGCAGGAGGGGGAAGGACGGUACCAGGAAUCUCAUGGCGGGUUCAGCAAUGACAAUACCGACGAGAGUGGGAAGGCCAAUGAACCGAAUUGGUUUCGUUCAUGUCCAUCAAGCGGUAAGUCCAGUGGGCAGUGGCAAAAGACCGACGAUCAACGAGGAAAGAAAUCCAGUACCUUUGCUCCAUUGAAUUCAAAGGCGCAUUGCACGAAAAUCUUGGGGCUGGAGAACGUCACCGGAUUAGACUCGAGGUCACUUGCGAAGGCGUACCAUAAGGCGGCGUUGCACUGGCACCCUGACAAAUGGAUCGGGUCCGGCCCGAGGGAACACCAAGCUGCGGAGCGAAAAUUCAAGGAAAUCAACAUGGCGUACCAGGUACUGAGGGAGGCGAUGGUGCGAUAA